AUGCCACUCUCCAGCAACAGCAACACCUUCUCGCUCUGCCCGCUCUCCGACACGCCGCUGCUCCUCGCCAGCUUUAUCACAGCGGAUAAGGGAGGAGAAGAGGACAAGGAGGAGGAGGAGGAGGAGGAGGAGGAGGAGGAGGAGGAGGAGGAGGAGGAGGAGGAGGAGGAGGAGGAGGAGGAGGAGGAGGGGGAGGAGGAGGAGGAGGAGGAGGAGGAAGAGGAGGAGGAGGAGGAGGAGGAGGAACGGGAGAGAGGAGAAAGAAGGGAAGGUGCUGAGGGCAGUGCCGCGAACAUCCGCUGCUUCCCCAUGCUGAUGUGGACGAUCCGUGAGAAUUCCCUAGAUGCUCGACUGGUAACAGAUGCAGAUUCAGCCUUUCCCCGGCCCGUCUGCUCACGUGCGCUUUCUCCUGUCUUCUCCGCGCUCUCCUCCGCCCGCCCUCCUCAUCCCCUCUCCGCCUCUGACCGCGUUCCACUGCGCGCCCGCGCGCCGAACGCCAUGUUUUCCAUCUUCGACCGCAUCCACUCUCCGCAGCUGCCAGGCGGGCCUCCGCCGAGCGCGCUAGAGAGGAGCUCAGUGGACGAUGUGGUGCGCGCUGACCUGGCGCGCGUGAAGGACAGCCUGCCGCUGGAAUGGAAGAGCCACGUGGAGGAGCACAUUCUCGACGGCGCCGCGUUCGGCACCAUUCAGAACCAUCCAUGUGUCAGCUGGGCCGAGCACCGCGCUCCUGAGAACGGUGGCCGCGUUUUUGUGGUGCUGUACGGCAGCAUUGACAACGAGGACGAGGUGCGCGAGCUGUACAGCCUGCCCAAGCCCGACCGCCCCGACCCGCUGCUCGCCUUCUCCGCCUCCUCCGCGCUGCUGCUCGCCGAGCUCUACUGGAAGGGCUUUUCAGACGCGUAUGGCGACUACUCGUCACAGCCCCAGACAUGCCUCGCCUCACUGCAGGGCUCGUGGGCCUUCUGUCUGUUUGACGACGCCAGUCAGUACGUCCUGGCUGCCAGGGACCCCCACCACGGCGCACCACUCUUCUGGGCCUCCGUGCAGCAAGCCGACCUGCUCUUCUGCACGUGGAGCGCUGCACCCACUGCACCCACUGCAGAUGCUGCCGAUGCUGCUGCUACUGCCACCCCUGACGCUCCUGCUGCCCCAGAUGCUCCUGCGGCUGCGCUCCCUCCCCCGCCUCCACUUGCCACUGCUGCUGCGCGUGGCCUAGAGCUCCGCGAGUUCCCAGCAGGGUUCUUCUACGAGAAGAAGUGGGAUGAGACCAUCGGCUCCUUGCACAGCUACAUGGAAGGGGAGGAGACGGAGGAGAUGGAAGUGGGCGUGCCCAUGCCCUGUGGUACCAUGUUCAGGGUUAGCAGUGGGAGCGACCUGGCAGGACCCAAGCCAGGAAGUUUCGCCAUUUCCAUCUUCGCCGUCGUCUGGAACCUGCCUCCUGGUUACCACCAGUAUAAAUUCAUUGUAGACGGAGAGUGGCGGCACGAUGAAUCCCAGCCGUUCAUGCCCGAUCCCCUCGGCAACGUCAACAACUGGCUACUCGUGCGUGAUUCCGACCCCAACGCCCAUCUCACCACCCCCUCAUCCGCCGCUGCUGCCACUGCCGCCUCUCCUGCCGCCACCGGACCUGCCGGCUUGGCCGGACCUGCGCCAGGCGCGGGAGAGCGUGGCGGGGUGGGGGAAGCGGGUGCGGGAGGGGGAGGUGGGGGAGGAGGGGGGACGGGCGGAGGAGGCGGGGGAGGAGGGGGUGUUGUGGGCGGGGUGGGGUUUGGGAUAGGAGUGGGCGCACAUAUGGAUGUUGAUGGGGCAGCGCAGCAGCAGGGGGGCGCGGGCGGGGGCGGGGUGGGGGGGCUAGUCGGGGGGGAACCGGGGAGAAUGGUGACCGGGGCGAUGGUAGCAGGGGGGGUGGCGGGGGCGGGGGCGGGGGGAGCGGCGGUUGGGGGGUUGGGGGGAGCGGGGCUGGUGCUGGCGGAUUCGAUGGGGGCGGUAUCAGCAGCGGAUGCGGAGUCGUCUCGGCAGCGGUUUGUGGACUUUCUGCAGCGGCACAAGGCGUAUGAGCUGCUGCCCGAGUCAGGCAAGGUGGUGGCACUAGACGUGGCCCUGCCAGUCAAGCAGGCCUUCCACGCCCUCUACGAACAGGGCGUGCCAGCAGCGCCGCUGUGGGACUCAGAGAGGCAGGAGUUCGUGGGCAUGCUCAGCGCAUCUGACUUCAUCUCCAUCCUCACGCAGCUGCACUGCAACAGUGCGUCGCUGAGUGAGGAGGAGCUGGAGACGCACACCAUAGCUGCGUGGAAGGAGGAAAAGCUCGCUCUCGCCACGCCCCUCGACGCCCCCCACACGCCUGCACGCCGCCCCCUUAUCUAUGUUGGACCGGACGAGACACUGAGGAAGGUAGCGGAGGUGCUUUUAACGAGGGGUCUCGCCAUGGUUCCUGUGCUCUACUACCCCGAAGCCCGCACCUCCUCCUCUGCUGCUGCUGCUGCCGCUGCCAAUGCCGCAUCCGCCUCUGUAGCAGAAGCGCCGCCGCCACCACAGCUGCUGCACCUGGCAUCACUGGCAGGCAUUCUCAAAUGCGUGGCAAAGCACUUCCGGCACGUGGCAGGGUCUUUACCGCUGCUCUCACAGCCGCUGGGAGCGCUACCCAUAGGCACGUGGGCGCCAGAGAGUGGCCGCCCCAACACGCGCCCCAUUGUCGUGCUGCAGACGUCCAUGUCCCUCUUUGCUGCGCUCUCGCUGCUGCUGCAAGCGGGAGUGUCGUCUCUACCAGUGGUGGACGAGAGCGGGGCUCUUAUUGACAUCUACGCGCGAAGUGACAUCACAACGCUAGCCAAGGAUCAUAUGUAUGCGCGGCUCAACAUCGAUGAGUUCACUGUCGGCCAGGCCCUGCAAUACCGGCAGGACGCAGGGGCGGUGGGGGCGGCAGCAGCGGGUGGGACGCGGUGUCACAUGUGCCUGCAGUCCGACAGCCUACGAGUCGUGGUGGAGCGACUCGCCAUGCCAGGUGCGGUGCUGGGAGGGUGGCGUGCUGGGAGGGUGGCGUGCUGGGAGGGUGGCGUGCUGGGAGGGUGGCGUGCUGGGAGGGUGGCGUGCUGGGAGGGUGGCGUGUUGGGAGGGGAUGUGAUGGGUGUUGUAUGCUGGGUGGAUAUUAUGGUGGGUGAGGUGAUGGGUCAUGUCAUGCGGCCUGUUGUUGCAUGCUUAAGCUGCAUCCCCGUUCCUCUCUCCCCCCUCCCUCUCUCUGCCUUGCCACAUGCAGGGGUGCGCCGGCUUGUGUGUGUGGAGGCGGGCAGUCGGAGAAUCCAAGGAAUCGUCUCCCUCAGCGAUCUCUUCCACUUCCUCCUCUCUUAA